UGACGGUUCUGAUGAAGUGGGCUGUCCCACGGCAGCUGCUCCUGUAACUCGGGCGAACGUCCUUAAAUGCCGCAGCGGCUCAAUGCUGUGUGAAGAUGGCACGGAGUGCGUGUUAUACAGUCAUGUGUGUGACGGCGAGAAAGACUGUAAGGAUGGAUCUGAUGAAGCGGGAUGUGAAAUGACGAGAUCUACAAAUGAUUCUUCUGCCAACAAAUCUUCGGUAAAGGCUCAAGCAGCCUGCCACAGCCCCUCUGUCCUCUGCCCUUCUGCACAAAUUUGCAUUUCUCCAAGCCAGUUUUGUAAUGAAAUCAAAGACUGUCCUGAUGGAUUUGAUGAAAAGAGCUGUCUGAAAAGUUGUCCCUCAAAAACUGAUUUUCACUGCAAAGAUCACCGUAACUGUGUCCCAAAGAGUUUAGUUUGCGACGGUGUGUCUCACUGCCACGACGGCUCGGAUGAAGUGGAUUGUCCGAAUGCUCCUCAGAGAAACGUGAAAUGUCGAUUUGGCUCAAGAUUGUGUCGAGACGGGGCGGCGUGUGUCCCGUUGAGUCAUGUCUGUGAUGGAGAGAGAGACUGUCAGGAUGGAUCGGAUGAAGAAGGAUGUGGGAACAACUUCUCACAAAGCGAACCUGCAGCGAUGACCACAACCACCCCACCAUGCACCAGCCCCUCAUUUCUGUGUCCAGGUUCCUCCAUUUGCAUCGAGUCGACACAGAUGUGUGAUGGAAGGAAAGACUGUCCUGAUGCAUCAGAUGAGAAAUGUGUGAAGAAAUGUCUCUCUCAGACUUCCCCAACAGUGCAGUGA